AUGAACGCGGUAAAUCCCAUUGGCGGCCCGCAGGGACCCAAAGAUCUUUUGGAUACUGUUCGGGAGGCCGUGGUACGAGGCGACAUGGAUACAUUAGUGCGUCUACGAAGGGACUUCUUAAGUAUCAAAGAAAAUGUCUCCAAAUGCAUUGAUGAAUCUGGAAACACUCUUGUGCACUUGUCACUGGGCAAAAAUACAACUAUGUUGGCGUAUACGGUUGAACAACUAUCAGGAAAUGUCAAUAUUCCUAACUUUCAGGGACGAACACCGCUUCAUGAAGCUGUUACAAAUAAUUAUGUUGAAUGUUGUGAAGCUCUUUUAGAUUAUGGCGCUGAUGACACUGUCCAGGCUGCAACACUUUCUACUCCUUUUCACACUGCGGCUGCUUGCGGAAGUGUAGAGUGCAUGGAGAUCUUGUUAAAGCGCAGUGAUGACCCUUCCAGCAAGGUGAAUGAGCUUGAUCGGAACAAUUGUGCAGCACUUCAUAAAAGUGCCUCGGAUGGUGACGUGCGCGUGACGCAGUGGCUAGUGGAACACGGCGCCUUUGUGGAUCAACGGGACAUUACUGACACAACGCCUCUCCUAAUGGCUGUGAAAAUGGGCAGAAAAGAGGUGGUGGAAUAUCUGAUCCGUCAAGGUGCUGCCUGCGAUAAUGCAGAUAUUCAAGGCAAUCGGCCGGUUCACUUUUGCGCCAUUCGUUGCGAUUACAAAAUUUUGAAGCUUCUAGUUCUUGCAAAAGCCAACGUAAACGUUCAAAAUGGGGAAUUGAACACACCUCUCCACCUUGCGGCUAUUUACCAGCGACCAAAUUCAAAGGAGUGGGAGGAUCUUAUUUCUUUUUUACUAGAUUCCGGUUGUGACCCUUCGCUGGAGAACGCUUCUCGUAAGAAGCCUUCGGAUUUCGUCGGACGCAAUUUGAAAAAACUUUUCUCAAGGGAGGGUGCAGAGAUGCGUCGGAAAAUAAAGGCACAAAAAGAAGCUGAGGAGGAGGAAGAUUUCAGGAAAUUGUUGGAGUUAAGGGGUACUUGGAAAACAACGGUCAUGACAAACUUGGAAAGGACGAAGCGUAUACUAAAAGAUGAAGCUGACCGUUUGCACCGAGAGGCGGAGGAACGGCUUCGCGCUGAGGAUGACGCACGGCUUCUUCUGGAUGAGGCCAUGGAGAGACGACGAUACCAAGAGGAGCAGAAGAAAAAGCGGCUGGAGUCUGAAGAAAAGAACAAAAAUAGCAGCAGGAAGUAG